ACCAAGAAGAAGAUUUUCCUCCUUUGGUAGAGGGAACAUGGCAGCAAAUAGAGGAGUGGGGACCCUCUUCCUGGUCCUCCUGCUGUCCAGCUGGCCAGAGACCAACUUGCAGCCGAUAAACACAUCCUCAGAUAAAAGUUCUGAACUACUGAGUGCUAAAAGUUUGGAUGAUGUGGCCACAGUAUUUGAUGAGAUUCUAGUCCAAGAGAUUUUGGAUCCAGUAAAAUUAGCAUUCCUGGAGAUGUUAAGACCAGUAGCAGUAUCACCAACAGGGAGAACAAAGAAGAAAAAAGCCCGCCUGAAGGAGAAUUACGACAGCACUCCUAGGAAACUCGAGAACUGGUUCUCUUCCGGGCACACAGACAGACUUUUCUCUGAUGAAGAGGAGAAAGAAACACUUUUUCAGAUUAAAAGCCUCUCGGCGCUGGAGAAAAUCAUUGACAGCCUACAAAGAGUGCUAAGUAAGGGAUGGUGCCCAAGGUCCGGUAACAGGGGAGAGCCUCCAGAAGAAACGCCAGCUGCACGCAAGCAUGCUGAGGGCCAGGUACCGGCACAGGGGCAGAAGAAGCCUGCCCUGAGUGCCCGGAAGUUGGAAGCAGGGCACCCUGGGCUUUGCACAUAGGCGGAGCCUCGCUAGCUGGGGGGCAGCGAAUAAAAUCGCCACAUUUCGAUAUGACACUGCGGCAAUGUGGGGU